AUGCCAUCUAAAACCUCUUUUACAAAACAUUUAAGGUUCCACAAGAAGAAGAAACAAGAAACCGACGAGUUCAAACCAACACCAGCACAAGAGCCCGCCAAAUCCACUGCAAACAAAACACCAGAUAUUUUGGAACGAUAUGCAAGUCGGCGUAUGAAUUUACGCAGAUCUCCAAGUCCCGAACCUGUCGAUGAGGGUCAGAGUGACCCCGUGUACGCGAACGUACUGGGAGCCGGACAUCAUUACGUUAUGGGAGCUGGGCGUCACUAUGUUACUGACCUUGAUGGAGGCUUUGGAGGCUGGGCGGGAGCGGAAUAUAAUGAAGGCAAUGGACAUGAUGAUAGUGGAGGAUCCUCAGGAUCGACAUCCGCCUCUGGUCCAGAUCGUGUUGAUGACAACUCAAGCGUUGCCAGUGACUUGAACACACUCGACUUCAAAAAGAACUUCCACGAUGAUCUCUUAAAAGCAAUUCAGAACAUCAACUCUACCGGAAAAUUUGCUUUCUGUACAAAAUACAGAGCUCCUUCUGAUCUCAGCAUCUCUAUAGAUGGGGUUGGCAAUAUUGCUACGCCACUUGCUGAAUCUCAAGCUCGUCAAAUCAUCACCAAAGCACGCCAGGCCCCCUACGGUAAGGGAACUGAGACCUUUGUCGAUACUUCUGUGCGAAAUACCUGGGAACUUGACCCUUCUCAGUUCACGAUAAUCUCAGCCAUGUGGCGUAAUUAUCCCCCGAAUGCAUGCGCGAAGGCGGCAGAGCAGAUGGGUAUAAACAAGCCUGUCCGUGCCAAACUUUACAAGAUGCUGCUAUACGAUGAGGGCGCCAUGUUCAAACCACAUACCGAUACUGAAAAGAUCCCCGGUAUGUUCGGUACUCUUGUCAUCAGCCUCCCAUCCAAGCAUACUGGUGGUGAGGUCGUCAUGAAGCAUUGUGGCGAGAAAAUGAUUUACAAGUCAUCCGACUACCACACUUCCAUUGCCGCUUGGUACUCGGAUGUAUCCCAUGAAGUCCUCCCGGUUACUUCAGGCUAUCGUUGGGUUCUUACUUACAAUCUUGCCAUUGACAAAUCUUUACCGGCUCCAUCUGCUCCUCUUGGACGGUCCGAGUUACGCCCACCUCGGCAUUGUAUCAGACGAUGGCUCGCACAAGAUAAAAAGUCUCGUCAGAGUCCAUAUACAUAUCACAUGCUGGAAUAUGAGUAUACCGAAGCCAACAUAUCCUACAAGACACUCAAAGCACAGGAUUUAGCCCGCGUUACAGCUCUUCGUGAAGCAUGCAACGGACUGCCGGUCACGAUUUUCCUUGCCUUGGUUGAAAAGAUGGAGAGAGGCAGUGUUAUGGCCAAUCCACUCGGUUGGUAUAACGAAUCCGAUGAGGAAUCAGAUGAAGGGGGUCAUUGUAUCGAAGACGUCCUUGAAUCAUCACUCGCUGUCAAAUUUCUCCAAGACCUGAAUGGCCAAGUCGUUCCGGGCAAAAUGUUCAUUAAAGAAGACCACCUUCUUCAACCAUUCACCUUUGACAGUUUGGAUCCUGAUAAAGAAGACUACGAAAGGCACACGGGCAACGCUGGCGCUCAAGCAACCCACUGGUAUUUUCUUGGUCAGGGUGUCGUUAUUGUUCCUCACGACUCAAUCGGUGGUUUCUUCCGCCAGUCCCAGAGUGAAUAUGGCUGUCAACCAGAGGAAUUCCCCCAGACGCAAAUCAACUACCUUGCCCAGCUCUGUUGUAAACCAGAUGCUCAGGACUACUUGAUCACCACGAUGGUGAAUCUUGUUAAGCGUGCAGUGCCUCAUAUAGAAAAGCAACGUCAUAUACUAACAGACACAUCCGUUAUGCCAAACGUUCUCAAAGCUUCCCUGCAACAUGGAAAAUACGUGCUAGCUGAGACCAUCCUUUCGAAGCUUAGCGGUUACCUACCGUAUGAAUGGUAUAGCUGGCUGAGGGAGUGGCUUAUCAGGGAUGAUGGUGAAGCGAGAGCCUUGAAACGGUUCGAUAAGGUUAAGAGAGGACUAUCGAUUGCUAUGUCAUCGGACGAUAAGUUAGACCACAAGUUUGAUGCUACUGCUCACCUAGUUCCUCUCCCCAAAGACUUACCUCCCAAUGCUAUCCCUACUCCUAAGUUUAUAAAAGACUGGGCUCAACAGAACAUCCGCAAGUUCCUUGACGGCCAUGGUCUUAAGGAAGCUACAACCCAGGAUGGGCUGUCCCUCGUUAACAUGUCACUAUACUUUGAGGAUCCCAUUCUUUUUAUGAAAGAAUCCGUGGUGCCUAUUUUCGAGAAACAGACCGCCGCUCCUUCAUUCCGCUUCAAGAUUCUAUCUCGGUUAAUGGUCCUGAUGGCUGAUGGAACACUUCCUUCAACAGAAGUUGUGGCACUCUCUCAGACCAUGGCCCGUAUGCUGAUUGCCUCACAAGAUUUUACUUUGUUGCGCGAUGCAAAAGUCAUCGGCGCGCAAGAAAAGAAAAGGAAGGCUGAGCCAUGGAUGGAUGACGAUAGAGAUUUGAGCCGAAUUCGCCAAGUUCGCAGUCAACUGAGAAACGCAAUUACGUGGGAAACAUUGAGAAAUUUCUUCCUGUUUCUCCACAAAUUGGGUGAUCUGAGAGACCAGUUUAUGACGAAAGUCAACAAGCAAGCUCACAAACUCCCAGCCGUUGAACUCUUCUCGAUGUGGAUUCCCUUUUUGCAAUCCAGUGUCGAGAUUCUAGAGGUCGAGAAAACACCCUUGACAACUCCAUCAUACCAGAAGUUCUUCUCAACUCUCAUUCUGACAAUGCUCAAAGGCUACCUUGGUUCUGAGCCCCAGGGAUCUGUUAAUUGGUCGAUGGUGGGUGUUGAUUGUUGGUGCGAAGAUUGCGAACGCUUGAACGCCUUUCUUGCCCACCCAACAAGAAUCUCUGCGAGGUACCCAAUGAGCAAACAACGCCGCUUCCAUUUUCAUCAAGAGAUCCAAGCCGCUCACGUCGCCUGCACCCACGUAACAGAGCGGAACACAAACCCAAAUACGAUGGUCGUAACCAAGACAGGUCGCCCUGAAGAGGUCAAACUACAAGAUUGGCGGAAACGAAGGGAUCAGUGUGCCGCAAAGUUUGCUAAGUUUGAAGCCGAAGAUCUCAAAACACUGCUUGGUUCGGACUAUGCCAAGAUUGAACGACUGGGUCCGAGACCAGCCCAGACAACUACUUCGCAGUCGCCAGCGGCUGGAGAGAAGCGUGCAGCUGAUAAUGCUCCUGAGGUUAUAGAUUUGACGAGCGAGUGA